AUGAGAACGCCUAACAUGCGCGUGCUGCCGCACGUUGGCACUCCGACUGGACCGUCACAAAAGCUGCUGGUGAUGACGUACAACGUUUUGGCACAAUGCUACGUACGUUCGACCUUCUUUCCUUACUGCAACUCCAGCGCGCUUCGAUGGAAAAAUAGAUCUAAAAUGCUGGCUGCUGUAUUUGCCUCGAAUUUGUCUGUUUCGCCGGACAUAAUUUGUUUGCAGGAAGUAGAUAAUUACAGCGAGUUCUGGGAGGCCAUGAUGAAGAAUCUCGGAUACAAAGGAAUCUUUGCCAAGAAAACGAGCAAGAAAAUCGAUGGUGUGACUGUGUUCUGGAACGAAAAGAAGAUCAAGAUGAUAGCGUCUGAGCAAAUUAGCUUAGAUUUGCAGAAUGGUGAUGAAUCAGAUAUCGACCACGAGCUACUGACAAGAUCAUCUUCAAGAGGAAGCGUCAGCUUAAUUGUCCGUUUCGAGCAUCUGGAGACUCAAUUGGACUUUGUCGUCGCAACGACGCACUUGUACUGGGAUCCCAUGCAAGAAGAUGUGAAGCUACUGCAGACUCGUCGAACAUUGCGAGCAAUCGACGAAUUCUUAAGCACGCUAGAUGCCUCCACACCGACUAUAUUGGCGGGUGAUUUUAACUCAUUACCGGACAGCAAAGUUUACAAGUUCAUUACAAGCAAACACCGCUUUAGUAGCGCCUAUGCUCAGUACAACACAGGCGGAGAGCCCGAAUUUACUAACGUGAAUGGUGAUGCUGAAACAAAUGAUGGGAAAAUCGGACCUCGAUUUAUCGGCACCCUUGACUACAUUUUCUACCGCUCUUCUAGAGUGCGACCAGCAGUGCUUAUGGAACUCAUGUCAUUCGAAGACGCCACUAAAGAGAUCGCACUGCCCAGCUCAUUCUCUCCAUCCGAUCACUUACCUCUCCUCUGCGAGUUUCACAUUCUACCUUAUUAG